GCCAGGUGGAGGAGAAGAAAGAGCAGGUCGAGUUGCAGUGUUGCACUGUGAAGAUCAGAGAUCCUGAAGGAAAGAAGAAUUCCUCAAACCCCACUCAGAAGCCAUUUUUCAGGAGAAUCCCUUGGGAAGAUCAAAGUUGGGACACCCUAGGAGAGAAACAAAGAAUGAAGUGUUCUGUUUUUUACGAUGGAGCUCAAACAGCAGUUGAACCUCCAAAUCAAGGGAGUCUGGUGUCCUUCGAGGAGGUGGCUGUUUAUUUCUCUGAGGAGGAAUGGUCUCAGCUGCAUCCUGACCAGAAAGUGCUGCAUUCGGAAGUCAUGCUUGAAAACCAUAGGAACGUGGUCUCUCUGGGUAAUAAUGGGGAGGAGAAUCAAGAUUCCUGUGAAUUGUUCCAAGUGAUCAAUUCUAAUGAUGGAACGGAAAAAUUUGGAAUUCGAAUGGAAGAUAAAUUACAUGUAAACAAAUGCUAUUUAACCCAAAACAAAGGAGAAGAUGCUAUAAGGCACAACGGAAAAAAUUACAAUGGGACAUUCAUUCCUUCUCUUGGAAAUAACUUCCUUACACCUCAAAAAGCGAUUCACACAGAAGAGGAGCCUUAUAUAUGUUUGGAAUCUGGAAAACAUUUUAGAAGAAGCAGGCAACUUAUUUCCCAUGAAAGGAUUCACACCGGGGAGAAACGGUGUUCAGAAGCACUUGUAGCCCACGCAGCCCAGUCCCUCCAAGCAGCAGGAGAGAAACCCUAUAAAAGCAUGGAGUGUGGAAAGACCUUUACUCAUAGCAAUGACCUUACUAUCCACAAAAAGAGGAACAUGGGAGAGAAACCAUAUAAAUGCAUGCAGUGUGGAAAAGCCUUUACUCGUAGCAGGGAAUUUAAUAUCCACAAAGAGAUCCAUACAGGAGAGAAACCAUAUAAAUGUAUGUUGUGUGGAAAGACCUUUGCUCAGAGCAGUGGACUUAGUAUACACAAAAAGAUCCACACGGGAGAAAAACCAUUUAAAUGCAUGGAGUGUGGGAAAACAUUUACUCAAAAAGUUAAUCUUGUUUCCCAUCAGGUGAUCCAUACAGGGGAGAAACCAUAUAAAUGUAUGCAGUGUGGAAAAGCCUUUACUCAAAAAAGUAGCCUAAUUUCCCAUCAGAUUAUCCACACAGGGGAGAAACCAUAUAAAUGCAUGGAGUGUGGAAAGACCUUUGUUAAGAGCAAUAAUCUAAGACUACACACAAGGAUCCACACAGGGGAGAAGCCAUUUAAAUGCAUGGAGUGUGGAACAACCUUUACUCAAAAAAGUAGCCUUAUUUCCCAUCAGGUAAUCCACACAGAGGAGAAACCAUAUAAAUGCAUGGAGUGUGGAAAGACCUUUGCUAAUAGCUAUAACCUAAGAACACACACAAGGAUCCACACAGGGGAGAAGCCAUUUAAAUGCAUGGAGUGUGGAAAAACCUUUACUCAAAAUAGUAGUCUUAUUUCCCAUCAGGUGAUCCACACAGGAGAGAAGCUGUAUAAAUGCAUAGAGUGUGGAAAGACCUUUGCUCAUAGACGUAAUGUUACUUCCCAUAUGGUGAUCCACACAGGGGAGAAACCAUAUAAAUGCAUGGAGUGUGGAAAGUCCUUUGCUAAUAGCUAUAACCUAAGAAUACACACAAGGAUCCACACAGGGGAGAAGUCAUUUAAAUGCACAUCUAGAGGAAGAGGGUUGUCAGCCCUUCAGUACAAACCAUAUAAAUGUAUGGUGUGUGGAAAGACCUUUGAUCAGACCAGUGGACUUACUAUACACAAAAGGAUCCACACAGGAGAAAAACCAUUUAAAUGCAUGGAGUGUGGAAAAACCUUUACUCAAAAAGGUAAUCUUAUUUCCCAUAAGAUGAUCCACACAGGGGAGAAGCCUUUUAAAUGCAUGGAGUGUGGAGAAACCUUUACUCAAAAAAGUAGUCUUGUUUCCCAUCAGGUGAUCCACACAGGAGAGAAACCAUAUAAAUGCAUGGAGUGUGGAAAGACCUUUGCUCAACAUUGUUAUCUUAUUUUCCAUAAAAUGAUCCACACAGGGGGGAAGCCAUAUAAAUGCAUGAAGUGUGGAAAGACCUUUAUCUUUGCUCAAAGAGGUCAUCUUAUUUCCCAUAAGAUGAUCCACACAUGGGAGAAAUCAUAUAAAUAUAUGGAGUGUGGAAAAACCUUUACUCAAAAAAAAAAUAGCCUUAUUUCCCAUCAGGUAAUCCACACAGGGGAGAAACCAUAUAAAUGCAUGGAGUGUGGAAAGACCUUUGCUAAUAGCUAUAACCUAAGUAUACACACAAAUGCCUGCUGGAUACGGAUUAGCCAGUCCCGUGCCUUUGCCUGUGCCACCCACAGCAGUCCCAGUUGCUGCAAACAAGCAGUGAUCAUGUCAAGUGUGAAAAGUGGGACUCACCUACCGUCAGUUGCGCCGCGGUAA